CUGGACGCAAGCAGUUUGCCCGCCACGAGUGGGCCCAGAAAGCCGCCUAUCUGCUGGGCUGCAGCCUGGAGGAACUCUCCUCCGCCAUCUUCAAACACCAGCCCAAGGGCAGCCUCCAGCGCUCCACCUCCUUCCGCCAGGGCCCUGAGGAGAGCAGCCCCGGAGAGGCCGCAGGCUCCAAGCUGGGCGCCCUCGAGUGUGUGGAAGGCAUGGCCGCAGGCCUCUAUUCCGAGCUCUUCACUCUCCUCGUCUCCUUGGUGAACAGGUCCCUCAAGUCCAGCCAGAAUUCCCUCUGCUCCAUGAUGAUUGUGGAUACUCCUGGCUUCCAGAAUCCAGACCUGGGGGGCUCGACUCGAGGGGCCUCCUUUGAAGAACUGUGCCACAAUUACACCCAGGACCGGCUCCAGGCCCUCUUCCAUGAAAGAACCUUUGUGCAGGAGCUGGAGAGAUACAAGGAGGUGGGGCCCUCUCCAGUCCUACCGCCUUCCCUCAAAGUGGCAAAGCUGGACAUUUCUGUCUUUGCUUCCCCUGAGAAGGCAAACCCAAGACCCAAGAUAGGAGAGUGA